AUUUUCCCCACAAGAUCCAGGGUGUAUGUAUAAGCCAUUUUAUUCAAUCCCUGGGGUCCACAUGAAGGCAGAGAGCUCACUCUGGGAAGUUAUCCUCUGACCUCUGACCUCUGACCUCUGACCUGAGCUGUGGACUAUGGAUAAAUGUGAGCAAACAAACUAACAAACAGAACAAAAGAGUCUAAAGGGACAAUUAUCCCGUCCAUGCUCUAGAGAACAGCACAAAUUCAGUUUGUUUACACCAAACAACCUCCCACCAGCACCCAGUGGGCCUCAUCUGACUCCACUUUUCCUGGAAAUAUGGCUUCCCAAUGCAGUCGGUUGCCCAGGCCGUACCUCUAACAUCUGUGGUUGCACCUCUUUAGUCCAGAGUCUUCAAGCUCACUGCCACACAAGGGUUUUCUUUUUGCACUCUUUUAUUGUUUCUUGAAAAUUAAAGAAAGCUUCAAUCAACUCUGGACAAUCUGAAUUUCUUAAAUGUCUCAAGUCUUGUCACAGUCUAUAAAUGCCCCCCCCCCCCAGGAGGGACGGGCACUCCCCCGUUUUGUUCACUAGCUAUUGGUCCAGUACUUUUCCUACUACAAUUUCCUUAGGGUCUGCCUUUCCCACUGUUUUACUUUUUCUGUUGUGUUUCUUUCCCAUUGUCCCGAUCCUCCCCUCCCCCCAGCUGAGGACAGAGCCAAGGGCCUUGCGCUUGCUAGGUAAGCGCUCUACCAUUGAGCUAAAUCCCCAACCCCUCUUUCCCAUUUUUCCCAUGUCUUAUCAGAGGCCUUUUUUUUUUUUUUAAAUCGCAGAUCUGAAGACUUGCCUCAGCGUCCAUUGGUCUGUGUACCUCCAGCUAGAGUCACAAUCGAGUUACAUUCCAGCGAAUGUCUUGUACAAUUUUGGUAUUUACACAUUUUAGUGAUCAUACCUAAAUCUUAUCAUGUAAUGUUUUUAUCAGGAACAAUCAGAACUGGAUAAAAAGCAGGCCAAGUGUCUGGCAGUCAUCCUUGGAGUCUUGCCUUCUGUCAGCUGUGCUUUUGCUAUGAUCAGAUGAACUCCCAAUGCCGUUUGAUUUGAGGGGUCACAGCAUUGCUUCAGCGGUUUGAAUGUUGCUCCAGUAACACAAUAGCCAAUAAACACCAUGGUCCUUUCAGCUCAUUUUGCAGAUAAGCAGACCGCUGGCUGGCACAGAGCAGCCAGGUCCUUCCCCACCUCCCGUUGAACUACGUAUUUUAUUUGCUAAAUAAAUCUCCAUAGAAACACUUUCCAGAUGGUUGUUUCCGGGUUGUUUUUUUUUUUUUGUUUUUGUUUUUGUUUUUUUGCUAGAAGGUGAAAAACGGUGAAAAGAAUUAAUAAACCCUUGUUGUAACUGUAUCCACAAUCCCGGGCUCUUGCAAGCACAAUCUUUGAAGGUUGCUAGAGGAGCACUGCCUGAAUAAAGUGUUCCUUCAGUAACCCCUCGACCAGCUCUGCUGAGGAACCUGCGCAGCUCACUAGCUCGUGGCCCAGGGACCUCAGAAAAGGGACAGCGGGCUCUCGUAGGAGCCCUGGGCGAAGUCUAGGCCAGAAGUCGAAGCCCUAGGCCAGAAGCCCCGCCGGUCGACAGGAACCAGCAGCAGGAACCAGGCGGCUCAGGGGAUACAAAGCGGAGGAUGGAGCCAGGGCGGAGUCUUAAGGACUGGGGACCCGGCGAAGUCGGGGGAGGAGCCUAGCAGAAGACGCCGCCGGGAGGUGCCGCAUAGGGCGGGGUCUUAGGGCCGAGAGGCGGGGCGAAGUCCGGGUGGGGGAGGAUCCCGGCAGAGGGCGGUGCCGGGAGGUGUGGCAUAUUGGGGGCGUGACGGGGUCCGCAGCAGAGUGGAUGUGGGGCGGAGCGGGCUGCGGGGAGCGGGCAGCGGGGCGGGGCAGGCUGCGGCCGGGCCGGCCCGGGGCGGGGACUUCUGGCACUUUCUGGGAGCUGCGGGCGUGCGGCUCACAGACCUUCUGGCCGGAAACCCGCGCGCUCCCGCUGCCAGGGCCCUCGUCGUCAGCGCCGCCAUGGCCAAGUGGGGCCAGGGGGACCCGCGCUGGAUCGUGGAGGAGCGGGAGGACGGGACCAACGUGAACAACUGGCAUUGGCUGCUCCGGAAAGUUGGGCCGAGCCCCGCGAGGGACCUUCUGCCUCACUCCGCCGACAGCUGUGCCUCGGUCGCCCCUCACCCGGCCCUCCUCGGCCUUGAGCUGCGUAGUGCGCAGCGGGAUGCCACCGUUUGGUCCAAGGGGAAGCUCCGAGAGCUCCUGGUUGGCCUUGCUAUGGAGAAUGAGGCUGGCCGAUGUGAGAUCAGUGAGUUGAAGCAGGUGGAGGGUGAGGCUUCUUGUAACAGCCGAAAAGGGAAGCUUAUUUUCUUCUAUGAAUGGAACAUCAAGCUGGCCUGGAAAGGUACAGUUAAAGAAUCUGGUGCAAAACACAAGGGAUUGAUUGAAAUACCCAGCCUUUCUGAAGAAAAUGAAGUCAAUGACACCGAGGUGAACGUGAGUAAAAAGAAAGGAGAUGGGGAAAUACUGAAGGAUCUCAUGAGAACUACAGGCACCGCCAAGGUCAGGGAGGCCCUUGGAGAGUACCUGAAGGCACUCAAGACGGAAUUUACAACAGGAAUGAUCUUACCAACAAAAGCCGGAGCGACCCAGGCCCUGACUCUUGAGAGGAAACUGACUGAAAACGCAUUGCAGGCUUCUCCAGUGGCACUGGGUGUGAGGAUUCCCACAGUAGCUUUGCACUUGACAGAGCUGUUUGACACGACAGUGGAACAGCUGUACAGUAUCUUCACUGUAAAAGAAUUGGUGCAAGGAUUCUCCAAAUCUCCGGCUGUAUUAGAAGCUGAAAAGGGAGGGAAGUUCCAGAUGUUUGACGGGAACAUCACUGGAGAAUACGUGGAACUGGUAACAAAUAGGAAAAUCAUCAUGAAGUGGAGAUGUAGGAACUGGCCAGAAGAACACUAUGCAACAGUCGAACUGAAUUUUGUGCCUGCUCCAGGGCAAACGGAAUUACAAUUGGACUGUAAAGGAGUUCCUGUCUGUAAAGAGGAGCAUAUGAAAUUCUGUUGGCAGAAGCAGCACUUUGAAGAAAUAAAAGGUUUACUUCAGCUCACCACCCAGAAUGCUUGAAUUAGUUAGGUUUUUAAGGACAUCCUUUUUUUUUUUUUUUUUUUCUUUUUUUCGGAGCUGGGGACCGAACCCAGGGCCUUGCGGUUGCUAGGCAAGCGCUCUACCACUGAGCUAAAUCCCCAACCCCAAGGACAUCCUUUUUAAAGCAGAAACCUGUCCUGUUUACUUACCUCUUCUUUCUCCCUUAAAAAGUCCCUCCCCUCAAGGCCCUUAAUUUAUUUUGUAUUGGAUGAAAUUCAUGAAACUAUACAAUCUGAAA